AAAAUCUUCAACACAAUCAAUUGACCCAGAAUGAAGUGCCUUCGAGCUGUAUCAUAUGUCAAUGGCGCCCUUACGGUCAAUCGCACAGCUGGGCGAGCAUCACGCCAACUAUCAACAGCUCUCCCCCGAGGUACGAUAGCCUCAAGCUCCUCCCUUUCCCCACCCCGCACCCAGAACCCAACACAGCAGCUGCAUCGACUCCCAUCCAAACUCUGCAUACCAAUCCGUCAUGCCUCAUCCACAUCCUGCCCAUCAGACCUCCAAAAGACACCCCUCUACGACCUCCACCUCGCCCACGGCGGGAAAAUGGUCCCUUUCGGGGGCUUCCAUAUGCCAGUGCAGUACUCCUCCCUCAGCGUUAGCGCCUCCCACCAUUUCACUCGCAGCCACGCCUCCCUCUUCGACGUAAGCCACAUGGUGCAACAUCGAUUUUCUGGUCCCGGAUCUAACGCUUUCUUGGAACGGAUAACACCUGCGAGCAUUGCUGGGUUGGAGACACAUAGAAGUGGCCUGAGUACUUUGCUUUGGCCGGUUACGGGGGGCAUUGUGGAUGAUACCAUUAUCACCCGGCUGGGCCUGGAAUCUUUUUACGUGGUUACGAAUGCGGCGUGUAGGGAGAAGGAUCUCAAGUAUUUUGAGGAACAGCUGGCAGAGUUCAAGAAUGGAGGGGGUGAGAAGGUGGAGUGGAAGAUUCUUGAGGGGUGGGGAUUGGUGGCUUUACAAGGGCCGCUGAGUGAGGAUAUUUUGAGCAGUGUAUUGGUUGAGCCCAAGGAGACAGAGCUGAGGGAGCUCUAUUUUGGGCAGUCAAAGUUUAUUAAGGUUAAGCUUUUGAGUGGGGAGGCUUCGAGCCCAUUAUUGGUUAGCAGGGGUGGUUACACUGGGGAAGACGGAUUUGAGAUCUCUAUUCCGCCUACCGAGGCAGUCGCUGUUACGGAGGCGUUAUUGCAGAGUGCUACGAAAGAGAGAUUACAGUUGGCUGGACUCGGCGCCAGAGAUAGUUUAAGGCUUGAGGCUGGCAUGUGCCUUUAUGGACAUGAUCUGGACGAUACCACCACCCCUGUUGAAUCAGCCCUUAGCUGGGUCAUUGGGAAGGAUAGGAGAACAAGUGGGGGAUUUCAUGGCUCAGAAGUCAUUCUCAGACAGCUGACGUCGAAGAGCAAAGGUGGAAGUGGUGUUGAGAGACGCCGAAUUGGGUUAAUAGUUGAAGGAGCACCAGCGAGAGAGGGCGCUGAUAUCGUGGAUGAGAAAGGCGAGAAGAUUGGCAGCAUCACAAGUGGAUGUCCAAGUCCAACCCUAGGGAAGAAUAUUGCAAUGGGAUAUAUCAAGGAUGGAUUCCACAAAGCUGGAACAAACCUCCACGUUGUAGUCAGGGGGAAGAAACGUAAGGCGCAAGUCACCAAAAUGCCCUUUGUACCAAGCAAAUACUGGAAGGGAGCUGCGCCUGCUUAGUCUAGAAUUUUGAUCAAUGAGCUUGAAGGCAAUUAAGAGUUUAUAAAAUAUGUAGAGAUCUUGAAUAAGACUGAUAGAUAAUACUAAGUAUCUACGUCCUUCAAUAGCCCC